GCGGCGCAGGCGCACUGGGCCCUCGGCGCGGACCGCGCAGACUGAAUAAUAAAAGGGGAGCGGCGAAGAGGCAGGAAGACAGGACCAUGUCGAAGGGCCCCGGGCCCGGCGGCUCCGCAGCUUCCUCGGCGCCCCCGGCCGCUACCGCUCAGGUGCUGCAGGCACAGCCCGAGAAACCGCAGCACUACACGUACCUGAAGGAGUUCCGCACAGAGCAGUGUCCGCUGUUUGUGCAGCACAAAUGCACGCAGCACCGGCCCUACACCUGCUUCCACUGGCACUUUGUGAAUCAGCGGCGCCGCCGGUCCAUUCGCCGUCGGGACGGCACCUUCAACUACAGUCCUGACGUCUACUGUACCAAGUACGACGAGGCUACAGGCCUCUGCCCGGAGGGCGACGAGUGCCCAUUCCUGCACAGGACCACGGGGGACACUGAGCGCAGGUACCACCUGCGCUACUACAAGACUGGAAUCUGCAUCCACGAGACAGACUCAAAGGGCAACUGCACCAAAAACGGCCUGCACUGCGCUUUUGCCCACGGGCCUCAUGACCUCCGCUCCCCUGUCUACGACAUCAGGGAGCUCCAGGCCAUGGAGGCCUUGCAGAACGGCCAGGGCACAGUGGAGGGCAGCGUAGAGGGCCAGUCGGCUGGAGCUGCGAGCCAUGCCAUGAUAGAAAAAAUCCUCAGUGAGGAGCCUCGGUGGCAAGAAACCACUUACGUGCUGGGGAACUAUAAGACAGAGCCGUGCAAGAAGCCCCCACGGCUGUGCCGCCAGGGCUAUGCCUGUCCCUACUACCACAACAGCAAGGACCGGCGGCGGAGCCCCCGGAAGCACAAAUACAGGUCGUCUCCAUGUCCAAACGUCAAACACGGGGAUGAAUGGGGAGACCCCGGCAAGUGUGAGAACGGAGACAGCUGCCAGUAUUGCCACACCCGCACGGAGCAGCAGUUCCACCCAGAGAUCUACAAGUCCACCAAGUGCAACGACAUGCAGCAGUCGGGCAGCUGUCCCCGGGGACCUUUCUGCGCCUUUGCCCACGUAGAACAGCCACCCCUGAGUGAUGACCUCCAGCCCUCCUCAGCUGUAUCCAGCCCCACCCAGCCAGGGCCUGUCUUGUACAUGCCAUCUGCUGCCGGAGACUCGGUGCCUGUGAGCCCCUCCAGCCCGCAUGCCCCCGACCUCAGCGCUCUCCUCUGCAGGAACAGCAGCCUAGGCAGCCCCUCCAAUCUCUGUGGCUCCCCACCAGGCUCCAUCAGGAAGCCCCCGAACCUCGAGGGCAUCGUCUUCCCCGGGGAGACAGGCCUCACCCCUGGCGGCCAUAAGAAGGCCCCUGGCUUUGAGAGGGAAGACCAGGUGGGAGCCGAGUACCUGAGAAAUGUCAAGUGCCAGGCCAAAUUAAAAUCUCACUCACUAGAGCCCAGGAGUCAAGAGCAGCCUCUGCUUCAGCCCAAACAGGACAUGCUGGGCAUCCUCCCUGUGGGCAGCCCCCUCACCUCCAGCAUCUCUUCUAGCAUCACCUCCAGCCUGGCAGCUACUCCCCCCAGCCCCGUGGGCACCAGCAGCGUCCCUGGCAUGAACGCCAAUGCUCUGCCCUUCUACCCCACUAGCGACACAGUGGAGUCCGUCAUAGAGUCUGCCUUGGAUGACCUGGACCUGAACGAGUUUGGGGUGGCCGCCUUGGAGAAGACUUUCGAUAACAGCACAGUGGCCCACGCGGGCAGCAUCACAAUCGGUGGAAGUUUGCUGCAGAGCUCUGCACCUGUCAACAUCCCUGGCUCCCUGGGCAGCUCUGCCUCCUUCCACUCUGCGUCCCCGUCCCCUCCAGUCAGCCUGUCCUCACAUUUCCUGCAGCAGCCCCAGGGCCACCUGAGCCAGUCAGAAAACACAUUUUUGGGGACCUCAGCAUCCCAUGGAUCUUUAGGUCUGAACGGGAUGAGCAGCGGCAUCUGGGAGCGUUUUGCCUCUGGAAGUUUCUCCCCGGGCACUUCCCCUGCCUUCCUGUCAGGGCCAGGGGCUGCUGAGCUGGCCCGGCUUCGGCAAGAGCUAGACGAGGCCAACGGCACCAUCAAGCAGUGGGAGGAGUCCUGGAAGCAGGCCAAGCAGGCUUGUGAUGCCUGGAAGAAGGAGGCAGAGGAGGCCGGGGAGCGGGCCAGCGCAGCAGGUGCCGAGUGCGAGCUGGCCCGGGAGCAGCGGGAUGCUCUGGAGGUGCAGGUGAAGAAGCUGCAGGAGGAGCUGGAGCGGCUGCACGUGGGGACCGAGCCCCAGCCCUUGCCCUCCUUCUCGGACCUGGAGGCGCUCUCUCUCUCCACCCUCUACUCCCUCCAGAAGCAGCUGCGGGCCCACCUGGAGCAGGUGGACAAGGCUGUGUUCCACAUGCAGUCGGUGAAAUGCCUUAAGUGUCAAGAGCAGAACCGGGCGGUGCUGCCGUGCCAACACGCCGUGCUGUGCGAGCUCUGUGCAGAGGGCAGCGAGUGCCCCGUCUGCCAGCCCAGCCGGGCCCAUGCCCUGCAGUCGUGACCCUGUGGGCCCGGCCCAGCCCGGCCAGCCCAACCCCUCCCCUAGGACUUUUUAAAGUAUAUAUAUAUAUAUAUGUGUAUGUAUGUACGUAUGUAUGUAUGUAUAUGUAUAUGGUUAUAUAUAUGUAUACAUCUCUGCGUGUGCAGGUAUGCGUGGUGGCCAGUGAGUGAGCAGUGUCUGUGUGUAUCUGUACAUAGAUGUAGACACACACUUUAAAGCAGACUUACCAAGCACUUUUUAAAAGACCUAUUUGGCAGGCCUCCCUGCCCUCCCCUCCCUUCACAGAGAAAAAGCCCCGUCCUCCCACGGGCCUUCUGGCGAUAAUCUGUUCCUGUCUCUUUUUAUGUAGGAACUAACUAUUUUUAACUUCUUUCUGGGCCUGAGCAGGGGGAAGGGUGGGAAUCUGGAAGGGGCUGAGGGGAGGGGAGAAGCCUUCAGGGCAGGCCCUCUGACCGAGCCAGGGCAAGCUGGAGGACUCCGCUCCCAGCUGUGAGGGCCUUGGAGCUCAGCUACCCUGGCUCCUGGGUUUACCAGAUGUAGAUUGAGUGCUGGGAAGGACAGCAGGGGCUGGCAGGCCAAAGCUGCAGGGCCAGCCCCACGCCCACACUUGGGCGGCAAGAUCUGUCCUGUCCCUCAGGUUCCAGAGGCCUGGGGUCCACCCCGCCUUCUCUGGAGCUCCCCCAGAACAGCCUCCCUAGCUCACUGUUCUGGGGGGCAGUGCCCUGAGCUUCCCCCGCCCCCUCCCUUCUCUCUGCCCUGGCCUGCCUGUGUGCUGUCCGCCCCUCCUCCUGGCAGCUAGCAGGGCAAUUGGUGGGGAGGAGCGUGGACAGAGGACCAAGGGGGGCGCAGGCCCCGCCCUCCUGCCCAGGAGGGGCUCGUAUGCAUUCCUUGGUGCUCUUGAGUGCAGCUGACGGCCUGCCCGUGUGGGCAGACGCCUGUGUGCAUGUGUGUGCGUGCCUGUCCCAUGUUUAUUGUGUCUUAGCUUCCAUUUAAAGAAUUGUACAGAGAGAGAGGCAGCGGGGGUGGGAGGGCAGAGGGAAGCCACCCUGCUCCACACCGGGUGUCGGGCGGAGGCAAGAGGGCGGGAGAGGUCUGGCCGCAGCCCAGCGCCCCCCAUCCCCUUUGGGCUCAGCACGAAAGGGCUUUCAACGAAUUAAGUGAAAACUUUCUCCUUUUUUACAAAAAUGCAAAAAUCAACAAAGCUCCAAGCCUGUUGGAAUAAAAUAGGAACUUGCAGUGGUGGCUUGUUUA